AUAGGUUAUGGUGAAGCUCAUUCUGCCUCCUUGUUGUUAUCUGGAGAUACAUAUUUAUCUAUUUCGUUUUAUAAUCCCCUUCAUUCAGUUAUUUUCUCUCCUGUGGUGUGCGUACCGGAGGCUCGCGACCGCUGCCGCCGCCACGGGAGCGAGAUGGAGGAAUGCACUGACGUCAGAAGGAAGCUGCUGGACACACACACACACACACGCGCGCGCGCGUACUUGUUGUGUACGUGCACGCGGGGCGCGCACGGGAUGUUCUGUCCUGCUGCUGUAUUCCUGUCUCGCGCUUAUGAGUGUCAUCUCUCUCUCUUUCUCUCUCUCUCUCUCUCUCGCUCGCUCUCUGUCGCGCGGCGCUCUCUCUCUCUCUGUCAGCUCGAGCUUGGGAGGCGGUCAAGUGAAAAGUAACGUCGCCCUCACAUGUACCGCGGACAUGGAGCGGUUAUGAAAGGGAACGGGAAGGCGGCGCUCUCUUUCGUCUCUAAUUCGCGGAGAACCGGUACCGGAGCCGCUCGCUCGCAUCCACGGGAUAUUUGCGCAACAAUGGCGACUCUCAAGCAGUGAGGACCUUUUUCCUGACACCUUGACGCAACUAUUUCCCGUCUCCCAUUCAACCCUUCCUCCUUUUUUCAAGUCCGCCCCUCCGUUUGUUUCAAUCAUGGACUCCUCUGGAGACAUAACCUCGCCCCAGGAUGGACGCCUCGAUCCCAGGAGCAGCAGCCCCGGUCGCUCUGAUCUCAGCGGGUUGUACCAUCUGGGCAGGACACUGGGCAGGGGCCACUUUGCCGUGGUCAAACUGGCCCGUCACGUCAACACCGGGCAGCUGGUGGCCGUCAAGAUGAUUGACAAGACGAAGCUCGACGUAAUGGCAACGAGUCACCUCUUGCAGGAAGUGAGGUGCAUGAGGCUGGUGCAGCAUCCCAACGUGGUUCGCCUCUACGAGGUCAUCGACACACCCACCACCCUCUACCUGGUCAUGGAGCUGGCCGAGGGCGGCGACCUCUACGACUACAUCCUCCGACACGAGGGCGGCGUGGCCGAGGGCACGGCCAAGCGCCACUUUGCGCAGAUCGUUCGCGCCGUCUCGUACUGCCACCAGCUCCACGUGGUUCACCGAGACCUGAAGCCCGAGAACGUGGUGUUCUUUCCCCAGCAGGGGGCGGUGAAGCUGACAGACUUUGGGUUCAGCAACUUGUUCCAACCGGGCACGAUGUUGGCCACCAGCUGCGGGUCGCUGGCGUAUUCUGCUCCGGAGAUUCUGCUCGGAGAAGAGUACGAUGCUCCGGCUGUGGAUAUCUGGUCUCUUGGGGUGAUCCUGUACAUGCUGGUGUGCGGAGUCCCUCCUUUCCAGGAAACCAACGACAGCGAGACUCUGGUUAUGAUCCUGGACUGUCGCUACUCCGUCCCCGCUCACAUUUCUGAGGACUGCAGAGAUCUGAUCUCCAGGAUGCUGCAGAAGGAUCCGUGUCAUCGCGCCUCCCUCGACGAGAUAGAGGCCCACCACUGGCUGCAGGGUCUGGAUAGCGCUCUCCUCAGCCCGGAGGCCCCUCCACACUGGCUCUCGGGGGCUCUUUCUCCCAGCUCGCCACGCUCAGGAGUCCCAGAGUGCGGGGAUCUGCUCGCCGUGAGGCCUCCGCAGGCUUUCCCCGCCCCAUGGCAGCCCAGUCUCACCUUCACCCUCCGUGCUCCUCCAGUGGAAGAGCCUCCUCUCACCAAGAACCUCCCAGCCCUGCAACAGAUCUGUGAGGAAGAAGAAGAAGAGGAGGAGGAAGAAGAAGAAGAAGAAGGGGACGACGGAGGUGUUGUGAAAGAGCGACACGGUUUGGAGUCUCUGUUAGAGGAAGAGACAGAAGGAGAAGUUGAGGAGAUGUUGGAUAGAGCAGAAAACCUAUUAGAAACCAGAGGCUCGGUGGAGAUAAUCGUGGAGGAGGAGGAGGAGAACGAGGAGAUGGUGAUAGAAGUGGAGGAAGAAGAUGCCGACUGUGUAAUCUCAGAUCAACCAGUCAGUCAUGGAGACAGGUCAGUCAGUCAGCCUCCCAAAGUCCCUCCAUCGUCCCUGCCUGGGUUUGGCGUGCCGUGUUGUCAGGGGCAACCGGAGCCCACGACCCGAGAGGAAGGGAAGGACGAGGAGAUGGAGCCCAACAACAACACCAACAAACCGCCCCAAUCUGACUCGAAUCAUUCCUCUCCCGCCUCUGUGCCCUCCGCCAUACUGAGCCCGAACGGGAAGGAGGCGCAGAGAGAGCAAGACGAGAAGACGAACGGCGAGUGUCCACCCAACGGCGCUCUGGGGACCCGGGAGGAGUCGGCGCCGAGGGCGGAGCAGGGCAAACGACACAGCUUAAAGCUGCGAGAGAGACUCUUUCAGUUCCCUUUGUGUGAGAAAGCUCUGGCCUUCAACAUACCGACCAACAACAAACCCAAGAUCCUGCCGCUGGCUCAGUACAACUGCUGCCACGUGCUAUAAGAGAAACCGCCAGACGUGCUGCUCGGCCUCCUGGGACGUACAGGCUGGUUUGCAGUCGGCAGGUGACCGGCUUCUCAGCAAAGCUCCUGCUGUAAAGACACCGAGGCCCUCAGCAUGCAGAGUGUACGUUAAGAGACGCUUAUAGACUCCAUGUGAUACAAACCAGUGUGCAGCACAGUAGUGGGACUCAUUAGAACCUCAUUAAUGUGCUGCUGGGAACAGGAGCGACCACAGAAGACUGUUUCUGCAGAAAGAAGGAGAAACACACUGACUGGACAGUUCAUGAGGUGCACUAGUGAAUAUGGCGAGACGUGGGCAGGGGUGGCGGGGGGGGGGCAUUUGUGCCUUUAUUGCUACAGGAAAAAGGGUGAAAGAUAUCAAAGUCUUGCUCUAGUCCAGCUUCAUGAAGGUAAGGGUAUUCAGGAUUAGUUUAAAACAACUGAGAGAGCUGUUCAGUCUUCAGAGGUGUUCCUAUUAUUUUGACAAACCCCGCUGUACUGCGGGGGCUUGGCUAGAUAACAGAAGCACCAACAAACGACGUCCUUCAAAAUGAUCAAAGUCCUCGUUCAGACCUUUCAUUAGCCGGACUGUCUGAUCACAGGUGUCCUGCUUUAAGUACGUGCAUUCACACCUGGUAUUAAACAUGCGUCCCCGGCCACCACUUCAGAUCUGUUCGUUAUUUCUCUUUGUAGAAGUAAACCCACGCGUCAUUUGGAGCAGAUUAUUCUAACUGCUACUGUAACUAAUUGAUCUCUACAUACAGCUGUUUCAGAAUUGUGAACACACGUGCACGUGUUCAUGACUUGGGGAUAUGAUGCAUAUUUUAGAACAACUCUAAAAUGUUUCUCAUUCACUUAAAUUAAAGUUAAUUAUCUACUGACUGAGUUCAAUACAAGCAGUGAAAUAAAGACAAAAAUAAAGAUUUUAGAGGAAAAACACUUAGCUUCACUUGCCAGCAUGAUCAAUAAUUAACCACAUGCCGAUACGUUAUUUAACAGUCAAAAUAUCUUAAAAGGCCCUCAUUUCAUUACUAGUGACCAUUUUUUAAAAGCGGUGGAGUAUUUUUUUCUAAAUGAAAGAGGCAAACGUGUUGAGUAUGAGGUUUUUAAAGUGCAUGCAACAAAAUGUACUUAAAGCCACUUGUGAUCAGAUCCCCCAGGACGGAUGUAAACGGAAGGUCUGAACAGGAUUUCAACGCAAACUGAAUAUUAAUCCAGGUCAUGAAGCUAAGAUUUAGUGCAGGAAUCCCUUCACUGGUGUACCUAAUGUUUUGGAGUUUUUAUUGAAUAAGCUAAAGUCCGUUUUUGUUUGUUUGAAGGUGCCUACUGCGAUAAAACCCUACUGAACAUUUUUAACCCUGACUGUAAGAAGCUUUGAGUAGAACCAGUAGAUUAGACAGCAAGCAGCUAUUACUUUUAUUAUUAUUAAUAUUAUUAUUAAUAAUAAUAACCCACCUAAUUAGUUCAUCUAGAAAACUGUGAAAGACGUGGAUUUUAAAAAAAAAAUCUGAAAUGUACCAAAACAGAUAAAUAUCGAAUUUUAUUAUAAUUUAAGACCAAAAAAAGGUGAAAAUAAGUGUCACAUUUGACUCGUUAGGACCAUCAGAUGUCUUUUUUUUUUCUUUUUUUUUUUUACUAAAGCUGCUGAUUUUAUUCAGUUUUUUUUUUCUUUACAUGAAUCUAGUUCUUCACAUUGAAAGCUCUGAAUAUAACACUGUAUAAUAUACAUAUAAGACUGAGUGACUCUUUUAGAAGUCUUAUUAAUAAACUGUUUCUAGGAUCAUUGAUCAUCGAUUGGGAUGCAGGUCUUCCAUCGCUCUUAUGAUCACACUGUGUGAUCUUUUUGUUUUUUUGUUUUGUUUUUAAUUAUGGACCUUUAUUUUGUAACCAGACAUAGAUGGGACUUUGUGCAUGUUAUUGAUCACAGUAUAUACCUCCAUGUGUCUUGUGUAACUGUACCCCGAGGUGGACCACUGAAUUAUGAAUUGCACAGCUCCUACUGUAGCCGGUGCUUUUUUUUUUUCGUUGUUGUUUUAUUUUGUUGGUUGUUUUUUUGUUUUGUACAAGCAGUGAGAGAGCUCCUCCUUGUGGUGUUGUUUUAUUUGUUUUCCUCGUUUGAAGCUUUCCAAAGCCAAAGCUGUACAAUAACCUGGGAAUCGCUCCGUCACGUCAAAAAUAAAAUAAAUGUGAUUACAGCUCGGCUCCAGUCGGCCUUGGAGGCGUGACGUCUGCAACAAACCAGGGAUGAAACGAUCGGUUCCUGUGCGACGGCUGCGUCCACUGACUUGCAGUGUAACUACGACCACAGUCUCUGUGGAGCCGUGAACUUAUUUUUCUGUAUUUAUUUAUUAAAAAUGGAUUAAAUCGACAACAGUGGAUGGAUGAACAA